CUCUCCUUGUUUCCUUUCCUAGUUUCCUCUCCUUUCUCCCAGUGUUCAGUUACAGACCUCUCUCUGGAAUUCACACACACACACACACACACACACACACACACGCGCACACACACACACACCCCUCCCCCCCUCACUGGAAUGAAUUGUGUUUGAACGAAGAGGUGAGGAAGGUAGGAAAGGAAACACAGAAUAUGUGGAUAGAGUAGAGAGGAAGGAAGGAAGGAAACAUUGGAACAAAGGAAGGAAGAAAGGAUGCAACAAAGGAUGUAAGGAGCUAAUGAAGGACGGAAGCUUGCCUUGUCUCCCUGCUGACUCUUCAAGUGCACGUUUACAGUGAGCGCACACACACUCACACAUCCACACAUCCACACACACAAUGGAGUGCUGCGAUGGAGGAAUGGUGUGUGUGUGUGUGUGUGAGAGUGAGUGUGAGCUGCGAGCCCUCUGAUUGGCCGAGCUGGGCUAGAUGCACCAACAGCCGAAAGAAGACGGGAACAGAGGAGGAGGAGAGGGAGGCUGCAGAGAGAGCAGCGAAUACAAAGAGCAUGUGAGUGUACGAGUGUGUGUGUGUGUGUGUGUGUGAUGCUAGCUGAAGUGUGUGUGUGUUUAGCGAGGAGGAAACCUGAUCUCUCUCUGUGGAAUAACGCCAUUAGCUCCCGUUGUUGUUGCUGGGAGCCUUGCCUGGCCCAGUUCAGACCCGGUAUUGGUGGUGGUGGUGGGUGGUGGUGGUGGUGAUGGAGCGGUUCCUGGCCCUGCUGCGCCUCCUGGGCAGGAGGAGGCGAGGGAGGAGGUACCGGGCGGAUGACGACUACCAAGAAGGCUACGAGGACGUUUACUACUACACCAGCAAGUACAACACACACCUACUCAAUGAGGGGCCGUACGCCAAACACUCUGCCGGGUCGAGACCUCCAGAUGGAGCGCUGGCCAUCAGGAGGCAGAGUAUACCAGAUGAGUUUCGGGGCUGCUCGGUGGUGGAGCUGAUGAAGAAGGAGGGGACGACGCUCGGACUGACGGUCUCAGGCGGCAUCGAUAAAGAUGGGAAGCCCCGGGUUUCAAACCUGCGACAGGGAGGCAUCGCUGCCAGGAGCGACCAGUUGAACGUUGGCGACUACAUCCGAGCCGUUAACGGCAUCAACCUGGCCAAGUUCAGACACGAUGAAAUCAUCAGUCUGCUGAAGAACGUCGGAGAACGAGUCGUGCUGGAGGUCGAGUACGAACUACCGCCGGUCUCGGUGCAGGGGUCAGGGGUCAUGUUUAAGAACGUAGAAGUCACGCUUCACAAAGAAGGAAACAGCUUCGGCUUCGUCAUCAGAGGUGGAGCUCAUGAAGACAGGAACAAGUCACGGCCGAUAGUCAUAACAACAAUCCGGCCUGGCGGUCCGGCUGACAGAGAAGGAACCGUGAAGCCGGGCGACCGGUUGCUAAGCAUCGAUGGGAUCCGUCUCCACGGCAGCACGCUAUCGGAGGCCAUGAGCAUCCUGAAGCAGUGCGGGCAGGAAGCCACGCUGCUGUUGGAGUACGACGUCUCAGUGAUGGAUUCGGUUGCCACGGCGUCCGGGCCGCUGCUGGUGGAGGUUGCCAAGGCGACGGGCUCUAGUCUGGGCGUGGCUCUGUCCACCUCAUUGUUCUGCAGCAAGCAGGUCAUCGUCAUCGACAAGGUCAAACCAGCCAGCAUAGCAGACAGGUGUGGUGCUCUUCAUGCAGGAGAUCACAUCCUGUCUGUUGACGGGAAGUCGAUGGAGUUUUGUUCUCUGGCUGAAGCCACUCAGCUGCUCUCUGCCUCCUGUCAGACCGUCCGCAUGGAGAUCCUGCCACAACACCAGGCCCGACCGGCCCUGAACGCACCACAGCACGCUCUCAGCCACUCGUUCUCUCCCGGCUCCAUGUCGGCCUACAGCCUCUCGUCCCUCAACAUGAGCACCCUGCCAAGGAACAUGUAUCCCACGAGUCCACGGGGCACGCUGAUGAGGAGGAAGGGCAAGAAGAAGGACUUCAAGAGUUCCUUGUCUCUUGCGUCCAGCACCGUGGGUCUCGCCGGUCAGGUCGUUCACACGGAAACCACGGAGGUGAUGUUGCUAGGCGACGGCAUCAUGGGGUUCGGCCUGCAGCUGCAGGGUGGAGUCUUCGCCACGGAAACGCUCUCCUCGCCGCCGCUCAUCGCUUACAUCGACCCCGACAGCCCGGCGGAGAGGUGUGGUAUCCUGCAGAUCGGCGACAGGAUUUUGUCCAUAAACGGAGUUCCUACUGAAGACUCGACUCUGGAAGAAACUAAUCAGCUGCUCAGAGACUCGUCCAUCACCGCUCAACUCACACUGGAGAUUGAGUUCGACGUGGCCGAGUCGGUCAUUCCCAGUUCAGGAACGUUUCAUGUGAAGCUCCCAAAGAAACCCGGAGUGGAGCUGGGAAUCACCAUCAGCUCUCCGUCCAACAGGAAACCAGGUGAUCCUCUGAUCAUCUCUGACAUCAAGAAAGGCAGCGUCGCACACAGGACGGGAACGUUGGAGCUCGGCGACAAGCUGCUCGCCAUCGAUAACAUCCGGGUGGAGAACUGCUCCAUGGAGGAAGCUGUUCAGAUCCUGCAGCAGUGUGAGGAGCUCGUUAAACUGAAGAUCCGAAAAGACGAAGACAACUCGGAUGAACAGGAAGUGUCUGGUAGCAUCAUCUACACGGUGGAGCUGCAGAGGUACGGAGGCCCGCUGGGAAUCACCAUCUCCGGCACCGAAGAGCCCUUCGACCCCAUCAUCAUCUCCUCACUGAGCAAGGGAGGGCUGGCUGAGAGGACCGGUGCGAUCCAUGUCGGUGAUCGUAUUCUGGCGAUCAACAGCAGCAGUCUGAAGGGGAAACCUCUGAGCGAAGCCAUCUGUCUGCUGCAACAAGCUGGAGAGACGGUCACACUGAAGAUCAAGAAGCAGGGAGACCUGUCCCCAAAGUCUUGUGGGAUUGGCUCAGGCCUGGGGAUGGGGGCGGGGAUUGUCCAUGAGCAUCAGGACGGGGUGGACGAGCCUAUUGUCAUGGUCGCGCCUCUGUCGAGCCAACGAGCGUUCAACACGCUGCCGUCCGUCGACAGCGCUGUGGAGUCCUGGGACGGAUCCAACAUGGAAAGCAGCUUUACCACCCCGGCGCCACCGUUUCAGUCGUCUCCGUACAGUUUCCACGAGUGGCGCAACGCCAAGACAACCAACAGCCAAUCAUCUUCCUCCACUCGCCAGAGAGCCAAUCCGCUGUCAGAUCUGGGCCUGAGCGACGAUGACUGGGACCGCCCACCACUUGGAGGCGGCUGUAAUCUGCCCAGCGGUCUAAUCAGUGACAGCAGGUUCACUGUGGGACACGACGGGACGGAACCGGACCAGGAGGAGAACUUCUGGUCUCAGGCUCUGGAGGAUCUGGAGACCUGCGGCCAGAGCGGCAUCCUCAGAGAGCUGGAGGCAACCAUCAUGUCCGGCUCCAGCCUCAGUCUGAACCAUGACCCCGCCCCCCUGCGCAGCACACUGGGACGCCAAGCGAGCUUCCAGGAACGCAGCAACUCCAAGCCGCAGGUGACCACUCGUUCCAACACCUUGCCCUCUGACCCCCAGCGCCGAGCCUUCGCCAUGAGGAAGAUGAGGCAGGAAGUCAAUGAGAUCCUGAACCAGAACCCUGUGGAGCUCCACAAGCUGACUCUAGAGAAGGCCUCAGAUCUGGAGGAUUUCGGUUUCAGCGUUUCUGACGGUAUGUUGGACCGCGGCGUCUACGUUAACAACAUCCGACCGGGAGGCCCGGCAGAGCGGGGCGGCCUCCGGGCUUACGACCGAAUACUCCAGAUUAACCACGUGCGGACCAGGGACUUCGACUGCUGCCUCGUCGUUCCGCUGAUCGCCGAGUCUCCGAACCAUCUGGAGCUCGUCAUCAGCCGAAACCCCACCUCCUCCUCCCUGCUGGCCAAUCACACUGACGGCAUCACCAACAGCAGCCACUCCCCUCAGCCAAUCGGCAGCGAGCUGGGACCAUCGGAGCUCUGCAUUGGCCACGGGGAGGAUGGUGUUCCGAUCAAGUGGAGCCAACCGGGUGACGGUCUGGGUGCGGGGCUUGGGAUGGGUCAGGUGAAUAAUAAUUCCUUAUAGCAGACCGAAACUGGAUUAAACCGGUUCUAACCAGACUGGACUGGAGAGGUCAACAAGGAGAACAAUACAGCAAAGUUGAAUUAAACUGGUUUUGACCCAUCCAAACUGGUUCAGAGUGGACCCCCCAUGGUGCUACACACACCCUCUGGAUGAACUUUGACCUUUGACCACUUAAGUUUUGACCUUUGAACUGCUAAAGCAGCCUGAAAGCACACUGAUGGACCGGAGCAACUCCUCACCUUUUCACUUGAACCAGUUCUGCAUACUGGUCCUUCUGGUGUCACUGGAACCAGAACUAUAACUACUGAUCCUACUGGAACCAUAGCCAGAGCUACUGGUCUAACUGGUCUGAGCCCAGAGCCAUGGCUACUGAUUCUAUUGAAGCCAGAUCCACCGCCAGUGGCUUUACUGGUUUAGGAUUAAUGGUUACUGGUUCUGCAAGCCUAGAACUUGGGCUACUGGUCCUGCUGAAGCCAGAGCCACAGCCAAUGGUCUUACUGGUUCAAGACAUGUGAGUUCUGAUAUUACUGGUUAGAGAAUCAUGGCUACUGGUCCUACGGAAGCCAGAGCCACAGCCAAUGGUCUUACUGGUUCAAGACAUGUGGGUUCUGGUAUUACUGGUUAGAAAAUCGUGGCUACUGGUCCUACAGAAGCCAGAGCCACAGCCAAUGGUCUUACUGGUUCAAGACAUGUGGGUUCUGGUAUUAGUGGUUAGAGAAUUGUGGCUACUGAAGCCAGAGCCAUAGCCAGUGGUCUUACUGGCCCAAGACACAUGGGCUCUGGUCUUAGUGGUUACAAAACCAUGGCCCUAUUGAGGCCACAGCUAAUGGUCUUACUGGUCCAAGACACAUGGGUCCUGGUCUUUCUGGUGACAGAACCAUGGGUACUGGUCCAACUGAAGCCAGAGCCAAUCGUCAAAACAUGGUUCUUGUUCAUGGGUUCUAAGCCAGAACCAUCACCACUGUCUUCUACCAGACCAGGACUGUGGCUCCAUCUGGUCUUUACUAGGACCAGAACCAUGGCCUCUGGUGGUACUGGCCAAGGACCACAGCAACACAAAGACUGAUGGGACUCCAGAAUCUAGAACCUGCUGAUGGACAAACAGGUUGCCAAGGAGACUAGGGAUACUCCGAUCAGGCUAUCUAGGGCCGAUGUCAUUGGGAUCGUCCAAACCAGUACUGAUUACCGACUGGUUUCUGUUCUUAAACAUUGAUUUAUGUCACAACCUUGUGGGUAGAAGUACCUUUAUUGGCUCAGAGGGUUGGGAUACCAUUAAAGAUGGUUAUAGUAAAGUGCAAGAUUUCGUUUAGUGGAGGUGAUUAUGACAUUUUGGGUAAUCCUGCAGAUUUACGAAAAAAAAUGAAAUCCUCCAUUUCGAAAAGAACUCCAAAAUUCCCCUUUAGCUCAUAGCAAAUUUUUAAGUAAACAUGGAGCUGGAGGCUAAACAAAGGAAAGACUGGAGGCUAACACUAGCAGUGGGCUAAAGUUACACAUCUAAAAUGUCAUCUUGCUGUGUUGUUGGGUGCCAGAAUCCAGAUAUCACAGACAUUUGAGAUGACAAACUGUGAUUCAAGACUCUAGCGAGCUACAAUAUCGGAGAAACGUUUCAGAGAAGGAGAGUAAAUGUGGUAAUAUUCAGCCUUCUGCUAACUGCAGCCGUGAGCCAUAUUGGCUGCGGUUAGCAGGAGGCUAAACUAUGAUCAACCCCUUCUCUCCAUCUCUGAAACGCUUCCCCGAUAUUGUACGACUCUCUUUUUGACUGACUUUACUGAAGGAUAGUUAACUAUAGGCAUCCAAAGAUUUAUACGUCGACUUUCUCAACUAACACUCGUGAUCCUGGAGAGUGAGUGACAGCACAUAUUGAGAGAAACAAGUAUUUUCUUCAGCCACUGUUAAAAAAACAAGCCGACAAUACUUGCUGGCAAACGUUAACUAACGUGUUCAGAGUAUUUUUCUGCCUCCACUAAAUACCUCAUCAUGUUUACUAACAGAAAAGGGUGCUAUUGCUUAGAAUUUUUUUUUUAAUUUGAACAUCUACUAUUCCAUGACAACUGGGCUUACUCCAUCUGCUAUAGAAGAUCAUGUCAUUUGAGUGAAAACUCCACAAUAGCUACUAAAUGGACGUUAUGGUGAAAUUGUUUUCUCAACAAAAUUGCCCAUUUUGUUUGCAUUAGUAUUAACAAAUUUGAAAGGAUACCCAGCCCUAGUGGUGGAAAACAGGCAGCCAUGAGGGAUUUUGUAACGAUGACACAAUAUUUUUUUGUAUUAUAUGUCAAUUUUAAGACAAAAAUCAAGUCAAUAAUUAUCAGCUGGUAUUGAUCGGAGCAUCCCUAAUGAAUUGUACAGAAAGACAGAGGGUUUACUGUUUAAGAUUUUAGUUCUGUGCCAUGAAUGAGCUGCAGACCGGAAGAGUAAUAAUAAUCAUGAUUACAAUAAGGAUGAUGAUGAUGAUGAUGAUGAUGAUGAUGAUGAUGAUGAUGAUGACACUGAGCAGUUCAAUAAGAAUCUUUUUCUACUGUUUACACCUGUUGGACUGGCCACACUGUGUGUAUGUAUGUGUGCGUGUCUGUGUGUGUGUGUGUGUGUGUGUUUGUAUGUUAUGUGUGUGUGUGUUAAACACAAGGCCAGUUAAGCCCCUCCCACUUCAAUUCCUCGUCUUGGCUUUGCCCCGCCCCCCUUCUUCUUCCCUCGACCAAUAGGCAGCCAGGAUGACAGACAGACAGACGGCAGUUCUGAGAGAUUCAGCUGAUUGGCUGGAACCAAUCAGAAAACAAAAUCUUCCGUGCCUGUCUGUGAUUGGUUCUCCUCGACACACAAGCAGACCAAUCAGCUACCAGGAAGAAGCCAAGCAUGCCCCCACCCCGACUUCCCUGACCCCCCCACCCAACCCCACACCCCCCA